CAGCAGCAGCAGCAGCAGCAGCAGCAGCAGCAGCAGCAGCAGCAGCAGCAGCAGCAGCAGCAGCAGCAGCAGCAGCAACAGGACGCUGGGCCGGCAGCUGGUGUGAGGAGCGGCAAAGAGGCGCCAGAUACGCGGCAUGCGGGCAAUGCUGGCGCUGGCUCUCGCGGCGGCAAGGACGCGCAGCUUGCAACCAUUCAAGCUGGACCGCUCGCCUCAGCACCGCCAGCGGCCGCGCAGGGCGCGCUGCCUGCUCCAGUGGCGGCUGCGGCUUCGGUGCCUGUGUCGUUCGCGCGGGAGGCUCCUGCAGUGCGCAGGGGCGGCGCCAGCGGCGGGGGCAACGGUGGGGGCGGUGAUGGUGGGGGCAGCGACGGUGGCGGCAGCGGCGGCGGCAGCGGCGGCAGCAGCGGCGGCGGCGGCGGCGAAGGUGGUGGUGGCGGAGGCAGCGACGACGAUGGAGAAGGCGGCCUGGGUGGCUAUGCGUCCGACUCCGACGGGGGGCGGUGGCCGCAGUCGUUCUACGGCGCGCCGCCUGCAGCCAGGGUCGCACGCCCGCGGCGUGCCAAGGCUUCGCCGCGCCGCAGCCGCAUCCUUGGAGCUGCAAGGCGGGGUCCUGGCCGAAACAAGAAUGUAGGGGGCCGAAGCUCCACGCCGCUCACAGGCACGGCGCGGGCCGGCGCCGCGAUGGCGCGCAGCCCGGCGCGCGCCGACAAGGCGUCCUCUGAAGACAUGGGGCGUCAGGUGCUGCACCAGGCGCAGCUCGAUGCGGAUCGCCACACCAGCGCGAACGGCCAGUGGCACAAUGCGGCGAGCAGCACCGUGGCGGCGAUGAUGAGGUUCAAGGACCUGAAGUGCAGCUUGCUUCGCCUGCGGUGGGCGAGCACGAGCGCCCAGCCUGAGCGUGCAGAGGCGGCGGUGCGGAAGGCCACGCGGCUGCUGGGGCAGCAGGACGUGGCGGCGUACAAAGGAGAUGACGGCAAGCAGGUCGUCGCCGUCAGCAUGCCGGGGAGGCCGAGCCCCGUCGUGCUGACCUCAGCAGACGAAUCCGAGCUGGAGGGAUACCUCUGCUGCCUCGCGGCACGCGAGGAG